CACCAUGAACGUGAUCUACCCGCUGGCGGUGCCCAAGGGGCGCCGGCUCUGCUGUGAGGUGUGCGAAGCCCCGGCCGAGCGGGUGUGCACGGCUUGUACAGUCACUUAUUACUGGUAGGCCCUGGAACGCGGUGCCUGGCGCCUCUGCUCCCUCCCUGUCUCCCAACCAUGGGGCUGGCCUUGUGUGUGUGUAUACGUGGUGGCCCUUUCUGCCAGCGACCCCUCGAGGCCGGAGCAGGCUUGAAGACGCGUCUCUAAGACUCCUGUGGCCUCAUCUGCCUCCUCUCCCACUCUACUGGUUUUUCUCCUGAUGUUUCCCAGGGGUCCUGCUGUUACUGUGUUUGGGCGCCGCUCUAGGUGCUGAACGUAAUGGGCCAGUACUGUAGAUCCUUCCCUUCAAAGCUCAAACAUUAUAGCUCGGAAGACAGUGAAGUGAACAAAUGAUAAUUUCAGGGAGAAAUGUCAGAAGUCAAAGGAAAUGUGAGAAAUUGGGCAGACGGCUUCUCUGAAGAUAGUGAGCUAAAGCACCAGCAUUCUUGCCCUGGAAAGGGCACAGAUAGGGCUCAUAAGUAGGAAAGACUUGUGUCCUUGAGGACCCAAAAGAAGACUAAUUGGCCAGUGCACAGUGGGCCUGUGCAUCAGAAGGCUGAUUGGGGCAGCAUCCACGAGAAGAUAUGCCAGCUGCUAAUUCCUCUGCGUACCACCAUGCCCUUCUAUAACUCAGAGGAAGAAAGGCAGCAUGGCCUGCAGCAGCUGCAGAAGCGACAGAAGCACUUGAUUGAAUUCUGCUACACCGUCGCCCAGAAAUAUCUUUUUGAAGGAAAACAUGAAGACGCUGUCCCUGCGGCUCUGCAUUCCCUUCGGUUCCGCAUGAGUGUGCACGGCCUGAGCUCAGUAGAGCUGGUGCCUGCUUACCUGCUCCUGGCUGAGGCCAGCCUUGGUCUGGGCCGGAUAGUGCAGGCUGAAGAAUAUCUAUCCCAAGCCCGGUGGACAGUCCUCAAGUCAACUAACUGUAGUAAUGCCACACACUCUUUACUGCAUCGGAACCUGGGCCUUCUCUACAUAGCCAAGGACAACCACGAGGAAGCCCGGUACCAUCUGGCUAAUGAUAUUUAUUUUGCCAGUUGUGCGUUUGGAACAGAAGACAUUAGGACCUCAGGAGGCUACUUCCACCUGGCCAAUAUCUUCCAUGGUCUUAGUAAAAUGGAGCUGGCAGACACGUUGUACACAAAGGUCUCGGAGAUCUGGCAUACAUAUUUGAAUGGUCACUAUCAAACCCUCUUACGGGCUCGUUCCCAACAAACAGACUUACUGGGCAAACAGUUUGUGAAUGACACCGGCCUGGAUGAAGCCCAGGAAGCAGAAGCCAUUCGGAUCCUAACUUCAAUCUUGAGCAUCCGAGAAUCUACUUCCAGCAAAACACCCCAAAAAACCGUCCUUGUUCUGAAGACCCUGAGCAUACUUUACUAUCUGAUGUUGGAGACUUCAAAGGCAAAGGAACACGCCAUGAGAGCCCUCAGUCUAGCUGAAGAAUAUCUUAGUGUGCAGGAGCAAAGGGUUAUUCAAGAGUUACUGACUAUCAUCUCAACCGAGGAAGAACAGCCCAUCACCUAGAGAGGCAGUGCUGGCGGUGCCUUGGGGGCUGUGGACUGACGGAUGCUUUCCUCAGAGCCGCUCAGAGGUCCUCUGCCUGCCUCCACUCCUCCCCUGCGACUUCCUGAGGGACGGUGACCCUAUUAGCAUGUGAUGUCUAGAGCUUUGGGCACAGUAGUCAAUAAAGCUGUUGUUUAUCAUG